AUGCCUCUAUUGACCACCCGAUCCUCGUUAUUAGUCAUCUUCUGUAUAGCUCAGGUGCUUUUCGCGAUUCUCUCAUUGUCAACAGCAGAAGCAGCAGCAGCAACAGCAGCCGCAGCGCACUCGUUCGGACCGAUCGAGGUCCCUGGCGUCGCGUCAGCAGCAGCUUUUGGACUGUCGGUUUCCGCGUCUGCGUUGGGGUUGCAUCAGAGACGGAGAGGUAGCGACAGCAGCGCCUCGUCACCGCAGGAAUCUCCCGCUAAACGAUCUCUCAAGAGUGCGGAGGGGGGAGCGAGGGGGACAUGUGCGCAGUGUAAGGAGCAGCUGAAGGAGCUCCAAGAAUGGUUCGCAGGGGUUGAAGCAAGCAAGCUGGACGAUCAGGGCAGCGAGGGGCAGCAGGUGGGAGGGAGGGGGGGUCGAGGGUUGAAGCAAGCGAGCUGGGCGAUCAAGGCAGCGAGGGGCAGCAGGUGGGAGGGAGGGUCGGCUGUUGUAUCACCCUUCCUCCUGGCUCCUGCCCUUCUCCCCUGGCCCGCUAAACCUCAUCUGCACUCCUUCCCUCCCUUCCUCCCCUUGCCAGGGGUUGAAGCAAGCAAGCUGGGCGAUGCGGGCAGCGAGGGGCAGCCGGGGGGAGGAGGGGGAAGGGGAAGGGGAGGGGGCGGAAGGGGAGGCGCAGGGGGGAGGGGCACAGAGGCGGACGAUGUGAUGGCACUGCAGAGCCGACUGGUGGAGAAGCAGGGGGAGCUGAAACGGUUGAAGGCGGAAUAUGAGGCUCUGCAGAAGCGGCACGAGAAGGUGAAUGCGGACAAGGCAGCACUUGAUGUGAGGCUGACAGAGUCGGGGGCGGAUUGGGGCAAGAAGGCCAUUACCAAGGAGGCUCUCACCAGGGCAACGGAGCUGCUGCACAGCUGCAAGCCCCAGACAGGCCCUGUAAUUUCCAAGAAGGUUCCCAGCUGGAAGGGUUACUCAUGUUCCGCUACAGAGCGCGAGCUGCAGCGCUACAUGGACUUCGAGACCAGAGGCAUGUGCCCUGACGAUUGGUUGUUCGUCCAAGACCUAAUUUUCCGCAAACAAUGCCACUCACUACCGAAGAGGCGCUGCCUUGCUCGCACGGCACACAAGAUAGUGGAGCCCUUGUCAAGACCAGCCUCUCUCUUUGCUCAAUCCGCCCUCCAAGACUCUUCUGUCCGUUGGAACAACCACGCCUUCUCCUCCUUCGCCUCCCUCAACGCCCUCUCCCCCUCCGCUCUCGCCACUGCCACGGCCGGCACGGGGGACGCCUGCGGGCGGCAACCGGGCGGCGGCGGUUGUUGGAACAUGAGUGCGGAGGAGAGUAGGUGGAUGGCUAAGCCGCCCAAGAAUACAGCAGCAGGAGGGGCUCUUACUGUGAAGGAGGUUAUUGCAAUCAAGAAGGGGGCGCUGAGUGGGAGGUGGAUGGCUAUGCCGCUCAAGAACACAGCAGCAGGGGGGGCUCUUACUGUGAAGGAGGUUAUUGCGAUCAAGAAGGGGGCCCUGAGUGGGAGGUGGAUGGCUAAGUCGCCCAAGAACACGGCAGGGGGAGGGGCUCUUACUGUGAAGGAGGUUAUUGCAAUCAAGAAGGGGGCGCUGAGGCUCGGGUUCCUUCGCAGUGCACAUGGCAAGGCACAACCAGACCAUGAUGACCCAUUUCUCUCCACCGCUCUCAACCGCUCUGUUGUUUCGUCUCUUUGCUCCUGCAGGAUCGGUCUGGACUUCAACGGGGGCUCGGGCUCGUUUGCAGCGCACAUGGCGAGGCACAACGUGACCAUGAUGACGUCAGCGAUGAACCUAGAAGCCAACGUGGGGCGCAAGAAGGGUCUGCCCUUCCUGGAGACCAUUGCCCUCAGAGGACUCGUUCCAAUCUGGCUGCCGUACAAGGUGAGUGGGUGGGCGAGUCUGUUGCACUGCAAGCUGCAUGCUGCACAGCACGAGGUGUGGGAGAGAGAUGUGCCGCUGUGCCGCCCGACAAGGUGGGUGGGCGAGUCUGUUGCACUGCAUGCUGCAUGCUACACGGCACAAGAAGCCAACGUGGGGCGCAAGAAGGGGCUGCCCUUUCUGGAAACCAUUGCCCUCAGGGGACUCGUUCCCAUCUGGCUUCCCUAUAAGGUGGGUGUGUCUAUUGCAGUAGAAGGGGCUGCCCUUAGAAGGGGCUGCCCUGUGAACCUCGAGGCCAAUGUGGGGCGCAAGAAGGGGAUGCCCUUAUUAGAGAUCAUUGCCCUGAGGGGACUUGUUCCCAUCUGGCUUCCCUAUAAGGUGCGCCUUCCAUUCUAUGGCAACACUAUAGACAUUGUACACGCCACCAACGCCAUCAAGUUCACCCUCUCCCCCCCCUGUGACUUGUUUCACUCCCAUCAGGUUCGCCUGCCCUUUUACGACAACACUCUGGACAUCCUUCACGCCACCAAUGCCAUCAUUUCGGCUUCUUUCCCCCCCACACCACCCCCACUUAUUUCUCUUCCAUCCCAUCAGGUUCGUCUGCCCUUCUACGACAACACUCUGGACAUACUUCACGCCACCAAUGCCAUCAAGUUCAUGCCUUCGCCCGCGGAGUUCGAGGAGGUUCUAUUCGAGUGGGACCGCGUGCUACGAGUCGGUGGUGUGAUGUGGUUUGAGGAAUUCACUGCCUCGGCAGCAGAAAUGCCGUCAUAUCUGUCGGUGCUGGACCUGCUAAAGUACCGCCACCUGCACUGGAGCCUCACUCACUUCACAUUUUCGUGA